CUUGUCUCAAGAGAGUAUCCUUAAUAGUUUGGACUCACCCACCUCGUUACCAUGCUCAUGAGCUCGAGACCAUAACAGCUUGGUAUCAAAGGCAGGCAUGGCUGACCAGCGGAUUGCACUGACUCAAGUCUAAAAUUGGUGGUUUGAAGGAGGAACAAGAGCGCAAAUUCAAGGAGAUGAUGGACUCAAUGCAAAACCCGUUUGCAGCCAUCAACACUCGCCUUGAUAACGUUACUGGCAGCCAUGAUCAUGCUGAGUCCUCCAACAACCAACAAAAACGUAAUGGAGGAGGAUCCAAUGGUCGUCAAAACAAUACAAAUACCAUUGGUACUGCUGGAACAUAUUUGCCGAAGAUGGUGAAAUUGGAUUUCUCAAAAUUUAAUGGUUCUGAAGACCCUACCAGCUGGGUUUGCAGGGCAGAUCAAUUUUUUGAAUUUCACCAAACUCCAGAUGAGGAGCAUGUACCACUUGCUUCUUUCAAUUUGGAGUGUGACGCCCAGCUAUGGUACCAGUUGAUGAAGAAUGAACAAGAAACCAUUUCAUGGGCAGCAUUCAAAGAAGGACUCCAUGUGAGUGGUCUUAAGGAAGGAAUUAAGGUGGACGUACAAGCAGCAAAACCCACCACUUUAUCAGCAACCAUCGGCCUCGCUCGAUUGUAUGAGGCUCGUAAUCAAUCAGCCAGAAAAUUAUCCUCUUCUAAUGAGUCAAAGAAAUUCAUGGUCAAUCGAAGUAGUGACAGCAACUCAACGAUGCCGAUUAAGAAACUCUCUCCAACGGAACUAAGCGAACGACGAGCAAAAGGUUUAUGUUUCAAUUACAACGAGAAGUUCAGCCCAGCCAUCGUUGCAAGAAGCUCUUCCUUAUUGAGGGAGAUUGGUCAGAUGAUGAUGAUGAUGCUGAAAAUGUGGAAACUGAGAUGGGGAUGGCGAACCAAGAAGAAGUACCACAGAUUUCCAUUCAUGCAAUUGCGGGAUCUAGAGCUCCUCAAACAAUGCGAGUCCAUGGAAUGAUCGGUCGCCGACGGGUAACAUUUUUAAUUGAUUCCGGUAGUACCCAUAAUUUUUUUAAUUAUAAACUUGCACAAAAAUUGUGGUUGAAUCCUAACAAUGGAGGAAGGUUUGAAGUAGUAGCUGCUAAUGGUGAAAAAUUGACAAGCUCUGGACAUUGCAAAGGGGUUUGCAUGGUGCUGCAGGGAGUCUCCAUCAUAGUGGACUUCUAUUUGCUUCCUUUAGAAGGGUAUGAUGCUGUUUUGGGUACAAUGGCUGAGCACUUUGGGUCCCAUUGUGUGGGACUUCUCUAAGCUACGGAUGUCCUUCUCAACAAAUGGAAAGGAGGUUAUACUACAGGGAAUCCAAAUUCCAGAGGACAAGAUUGUGGGUGGGGAGGAAAUUUGCAAGGAUAUCAGGAAAAAAUAAGGAGGAAUUUUGCUACAAAUCCAUGCCUUGACCAUGCAACCUGAAAAUGGUAAAUUUUCUUCCAAUUUUUCUCUGAGAUAUCUAACGGAAGGCUCAAAAAAAUUCUGCAGAAUUUUGAAGAUGUGUUCCAAGAACCAAUAGGGCUUCCACCUAAAAGGACCCAUGACCACCAGAUUAGUCUAAAAGGGGGAAGUGAGCCUGUCUCCUUACAUCCUUAUAGAUACCCCCAUUACCAAAAAACAAAGAUUGAAAAAAUAGUGGUUGAUAUUUUAAAAUCUGGAGUUAUUAAGCCGAGUAACAGCCCCUAUUCUUCACUAGUGUUGCUGGUCAAGAAGCAUAACGGCUCAUGGAGGAUGUGCGCAGACUACAGGGCUCUCAAUCAAGCAAUGGUGAAGGAUAAAUUUCCAAUACCCGUUAAUGAUGAGCUAUUGGACGAAUUGCAGGGUGCCACUUAUUUCACCAAACUUGACUUGCAGUCGUGUUAUCAUCAAAUAUGAAUGCAUCCCAAUGAUGAGGAGAAGACAGCCUUUUGUAUUCACCAAGGCCAUUACGAGUUUCUUGUCAUGCAGCUAAUGCCCUUUGGCUUGACAAACGCUCCUUCAACAUUUCAAUCAUUGAUGAACUCCAUCUUCAAAGACCACCUCCGUAAGUUUAUUUUGGUAUUUUUGACGAUAUUCUAAUUUAUAGCAAAAAAUGGGAUGAACAUUUGGAGCAUAUAAAAAUGACACUUGCAAUUUUACGGUCUCACCAAUUGUUUGUAAAGAUGGAAAAGUGCAGUUUUGGGGAACAAGAGGUGAAGUAUCUUGGUCAUGUAAUCAAUCAUGAAGGAGUGGCAGUAGAUCCUGAAAAAAUUUCAAUUAUGAUUGAAUGGCCAAAACCAUCAACGUUGAAGACUCUACGUGGGUUUUGGGGGCUAACGAGAUAUUACCGAAAAUUCAUUCAGAAUUACGAUAAAAUCGCACCCUCUUUAACCAACAUGCUGAAAAGAGGAUGCUUCAAAUGGAAUACAUGCUCAGAAGCUGCUUUUGAAGAAUUAAAUAAAGCUAUGACACGAGCUCCAGUUCUUGCCUUGCCUGAUUUCUCAAAAACUUUCAUUAUUGAAUGUGAUGCAGUAGGAUCAGGAGUAGGAGGAGUAUUGAUGCAAGAAAAGAGGCUCAUUGCCUUUUUCAGCCAUUCUUUAAAGGGUAAGAAUUGAUUUUUAUCUACAUAUGAAAACGAAAUGUUCGCUUUGGUUAUUAUCUACAAAAGUGGAGGCAUUACAUCUUAGGGUGUAAAUUUACUGUGAGGACUGACCAAAUGAGUUUAAAGUACCUUUGGGAGCAGAAAAUUAUUACUCCUGCACAACAAAAGUAGAUGGUGAAACCCAUGGGUUAUGACUUUGUGGUGGAGUACAAAGCCGGGAAGGAAAACUAAGUUGUUGAUGCCCUAUCAAGAAGAGAGGAGAUGGGAGAAAGCUUAGCGAUUUCACAGCCAGUGCCUCUAUGGCUCACUCCAAUUCGUGAAGAAGUGCAAAGCAAUCUGGUUUUGCAAGGAAUUGUGAACCGAGUGCAGCAAGGUGAAGCUGUGGGUCCUUGGAACUAUAAAGAAGGUAUUUUGUUUUUUAAGUACAGAAUAUUUUUGUUAGCAGAGUCUUCUUUAGU